AUCUUUCAUUCCUCUCACCACGUCUUUGUCAACUUAGUCAUAUUAUUAUUCUGUAUUAUAUUGUAGUAUCACAUAAAUAGACAUGGAUUCUGACUUUCUUCUCUCUCCUCAUUCCCACCAUUUUCUCUCCAAAUGGCCUUCAAAACUAAUAACAAUAAUAAUGUGGUGAUUAUGAUGCAAUGAUAAUUAUCUUAAAGACGAGGAUAGAAAAACACAUUCCCUUAGUGCAUGCAGUUACGUUGAAUCAAUCAAUAGAUGUUCACCAGAGAACGCGCGCACUAGUCUGCAGAUUGGAAUUAGUUUUCCCUGUUGAUUGAUUAAAAUCCUAUAAUCAACCUAUUGGCGAUCCGCUGGGAUUAAUGAAGAAAUGAAAUGAAUGUACAUAUGUUUGUAGAGGGGCAAUAUUAUUAUCUUCCAAUCAUCCGGUUCUUUCUUUAAUUGAAUCUUACCAAUGUCAUCAAAGCCCAAAUCUGGAGAGCUAUCAGAGGUCAAUAGUUUUAUGUGCUAAUUAUUUAAUUUAUCUGACAAUUGUAGUUUAUCCUGUUGGACAAUGCUUCUAUCUAAUCAUAUUUGAUAAUAACUACUCUCUCUUUCUAAUUUUGUCUCAUCAGUUUUCUGUUUCAUAGCCAGGAGAUUCAGUUGUUUGUAUCAUCCAUAUCGGAUAAUAUUAUAGGUGAAGUGGGAAAAUACUCAGGCUAUUUCUAUCUACAAACUAGGCAAGGAAUCUGACAAGAACAUUAAAGGAAAAUCUAUUACAACUUCUCUAAUACAUCAAUAUUCGCAAGACUUUCAAAUUUUAUUUUCAGAAAUUUCAUGAUUCAAUGUUUGUCUGCAGCUUUCAUGCUACUAAAAUCUCAUUGUGUAAUAGUAAUAGUAUUAAAUUCCACGAGUACUUCGGCCAGAAUACUAUAAUGAUCAUGAAGUAGGUACUACAUUACUCCUGCUUGCCAAUUGUUGCUUGUACCAUGUUAUUAAUUAUUUGUUCACUACUUACGUUUCAAGGAUAUCCUCAAUUGGUGCAGAUGAACAAUAUGACAUUAGAAGCUGCAAGUCAGUCCAGAAAGAGUGACGAAACUGCCAAUGCCUGCAUUUCCACUUCUACCAUUCCAUAUAACCAAAACACAUCAGAGAAAUUACUAAAAAAUAGUGCAAACUCUGGUCCUGAAUUGCAGCAUCAACUGCUUUUUAGUACAGAUCAGAGUUCCAAAAACAAUGCUAGUCUAACCGAUAACGUCCAGCCAUGUGAAUCCAGAAAUGUUGAAGCUAUUAAUAAUAUUUUUACAACUAAUCCCUACCACUUGCCUAGCCCAAAGACAGUCAUGAAGACAAGUACACGUAGCGAUAGCUUAGAGAGUUCCAGUAGUGCACCUCUCAAGCCCCACACUGGUGGUGAUGUUCGAUGGGAUGCCAUUAACUCUGUUUCUUCAAGAGGAUCAUCUCCCCUUGGCCUUAGCAAUUUCCGAUUGUUGAAGCGCCUAGGCUAUGGGGAUAUUGGAAGUGUUUACCUUGUGGAACUCCUAGGAACGAACACUUACUUUGCCAUGAAAGUCAUGGAUAAAGGAUCUCUAGCAAGUAGAAAUAAAUUGCUUAGAGCUCAAACAGAAAAGGAGAUUCUUGGUCUUCUUGAUCACCCAUUCUUGCCCACCUUGUAUUCCUACUUUGAUACUGACAAGUUCUAUUGCAUAGUCAUGGAGUUUUGCAGUGGUGGUAACCUUCACUCCCUCCGCCAAAAGCAGCCCAAUAAGCAUUUUACUGAGGAAGCUGCUAGGUUUUAUGCAUCAGAGGUGUUGUUGGCACUUGAAUAUCUGCAUAUGCUAGGAAUUGUAUACAGAGAUCUAAAGCCAGAAAAUGUACUAGUGAGAGCUGAGGGUCAUAUUAUGCUGUCUGAUUUUGACCUGUCACUCCGUUGCUCCGUCAAUCCAACUCUUGUGAAGUCGUCAUCUGUAUAUGCAGGAGGGAAUUAUGGCAGUAAUACAAAUCCUAAAAGCGGCGGAGGAGGAGGCAUCUUAGAUGAUGAGAAUGCAGUGCAGGGUUGUAUGCAGCCAUCAAAUUUUCUCCCUCGCAUUCUUCCUAACAAGAAGAAUCGCAAGUCUAAAUCAGAUUUUGGGCUGUUUGUGGGAGGAUCACUCCCUGAACUAAUGGCAGAGCCAACUAAUGUGCGCUCAAUGUCAUUUGUGGGCACUCAUGAAUACUUAGCCCCAGAAAUAAUCCGCGGUGAGGGUCAUGGUAGUGCAGUAGAUUGGUGGACUUUUGGUAUAUUCUUGUACGAACUUUUGCAUGGGACAACUCCUUUUAAAGGUUCUGGAAAUCGCGCCACGCUUUUUAAUGUAGUAGGCCAACCACUAAGAUUUCCAGAUGCUCCGCAAGUGAGUUCCAUGGCUCAAGAUCUUAUAAGAGGGCUCCUCGUCAAGGAGCCACACAAGAGAAUCGCGUAUAAGAGGGGCGCCACUGAGAUAAAACAGCACCCCUUUUUCGAGGGUGUGAAUUGGGCUUUGGUGAGAAGUGCUGUUCCUCCUUAUGUACCUGAGCCUGUCGACUUUUCCCAAUAUGCCAGUAAAGAAGCAACAGCUCAUCCAGACAACAAGUUUGCUGCUGAAAUUGCUAGUCAUGACAAAAACAAGAGUUGUUCUACUGAUUCUUCAUACAUUAACAUUGACUACUUCUAGGAUAUUUGGAAAUUAAGUCGUACAGAGAAUGCAAAGCAUCUUUUAAUUAGGUGAAGAAAAAUUAGUGGGGUGCGGCGGAUGUCUAAUAAGGAUUUAAUGUUACUAGGGUGUAUAGGAAGAGUUCAAUGCUGCAUUCUUUCGGUAGCAACUGUCUCAUGGGGAUCUAUAAAACGUACAAUACUGAUUAGAUAUUCUAACUAU